GUGAAAACAACUACCUUUCAAGACCACAUGGCUUGAUGAAGUUGUCUCCAAAACAUUGAACCUUGGCCUUAGAUCAGAUCCGAAACAGGAACUUGUAGGACGAUGAGUUCCAGCAAGACUAGCAAGAGGUCGAUCUCUAAGACUAAGAGGAACCUUCAGAAGAGGAACAAGCUUAUCAAGAAGGGCAAGUUGAAGCCCAGUCAGAAGAGUUCCACGGCUUGGCACAAGAAUCAACAGGCCGGCCACAACUUGAAGAAACUUAGGAAAGGUGAAAAAGGCCGUCAUCCCCAGGAUCUUGAACAAGACCAGGAUGAACCGAUCACUAACGGACAUGCCAGCGACAGUGAAGAUGAGAUGGACUUGGAUCAGGCCCUGCUCUUGGGAAAUCAAGCCAACUUGGCAGCCAUGGAGGCCAAAGCCAAGGCCAGAUAUCAGCAAUCCUCUAAGAAUCACAUGGAGGUGAAGCCAUUGUUGCCCAUCAAAACGAAUAAGGGAUUGGUCCAGCAGAAUCGGAUUGUGGAGGAGGCUGAAGAUGGAUCCGAAGGAGAAGAAGACGAGGCGGUGGAGAAUGGCGAGGAAGAAGAUGACGAAGAUCAGGGUCCUCAGACCACGUUAUCACUGAUGGCGAACCGUGAGAUGCAACUGUCCGAAUUGCGGUUGAUGCUGGGCAACAUGGCUACGGCCUUCCUUCAGGAUCCCCACCAACGGAUCCAUUUAUUGGAUCAACUGGUGGCCACGUUGUCCUCUCAGAAUGCCGUACUGAAGAAUGUCGGAUGGAUGCUAGCUGUCUCCACCAUUGUAGAAGUCUUCAAUGACAUCAUUCCGGCGUACCGAAUCGCCGAUCCUGAAGACAAGAAUACCGAGGUCACUCUGAAGAAGGAAACGUUGAAGCUUCAGAGAUUUGAGAAGACCCUCUUGGAGUCGGCCAAGACCUUUUUGGUCAAAAUCCAAAACCGAGCCAAGGCUGCCAAGCUACGUCCCGAAAAGGCUAAUCUUCAUACGGUCAGGUGCUUGGGCGAACUUUGCACCAGGCACCCACAGUUUAAUUAUUCGCCGAACAUCGUUCAGCUUUUGAUCCCGCUGAUGGGUUCCAAACACGCCGAAACUCGAGCCAUCGUGCGAGACACCAUUUCCACCCUCCUUCGAGAGGAUAAACGAGGAGAGAUAUCCCUGCACGUGGUCAAAUGCAUCAAGAAGGAAGUGGUCCGGCUCAAGUAUCAUUGUCGACCGGACUUCAUCGAGUGUAUGCUUGACCUAAAGCUUUCAGAAGUGGUGCCCAAGGAAGAAGAUGACGCCCCUCGAUCCAAGAAAUCCAAGAAGGAAAAACAAACGAUUUCCAAGAAGGAGAAGAAGCGCCAGAAAGCCAUGUCCAAGCUGGAAAAAGAACUCUUGGAAGCCAAAGGUUCAGAGUGCAAGGCCACUAGGCUGAAGCACCUGACCGAGGUCACCAAGAUCAUCUUCCAUGUGCUGUUUACCAUCAUCAAGGAUGACGACUCUCUCCUUUUGGGUCCCGCUCUGAAAGUCAUUUCGCGGUUUUCUCAUACCAUCAGCAUCGACUUUCUCUACGAUAUUGUGAAUAACAUCGCCAGAUUGGUGCAAAAUGAAACCAUUGAGCGCGGCUUCAGGCUGCAAGCCAUCAAAACCAGUCUCGACUUGCUCAACAGCAACAACGGGGUCGUUAACUACGACACCAACGUGUUCCUCAAGCCGUUGUCCCAGCUUCUGCCCUUCAUGGACCUCAAUCAAAAUGAUAUCGACCAUGCCCUGUCAGGUAUCACCUACAGUAUGGCGGUCAAGAGACGGAAGCAGGUUUCAUCCAGCAUGGUAGUUUUCCUGGGAAAAUGUGUCAGUUCCCAAUUGUUACACAAUGAAGGUCUUAAAGAGGUCAUGAGCACCAUAACAAGUCUCAAAACGGCUCACUCCAUUCUGAGCAAUGACAUGUUGGAGGCCGAGGGCGUGAUUGUGCCCAAGGGUCCAGAAAUGAGCUCCAAUAUUUUGGCUCUAGGGUCAACACAUUGGGAAUACAGCCUGUUGAAGUCGCACUACGACCCAGAGGUAGCCGAUGGUGUGCAAGAAUGGCUGAAAUGAUUAAAUAAACCAAUCUGAAUCCA